CUGUCCCUGUUUUCUGCCGACUCAGACUGCUUCAACGUGUACGACCUGAACGGCGACAAGUACAUCGCCAGAGAGGAGAUGUUCCACAUGCUGAAGAACUGCCUCAUCCGGCAGCCCACGGAGGAGGACCCCGACGAGGGAGUCAAAGACCUGGUCGACAUCACGUUCAAGAAGAUGGACUGCGAUCAUGAUGGCAGAAUGUCUUUUGAAGACUUUGAAACGGCUGUAAAGGAGGAGAAUUUAUUGCUAGAAGCCUUUGGGACGUGCCUCCCAGACUCCACGAGCAUUGAUAUGUUUGAGAAGCGGGUGUUUGAGGAAAAAGUGGAACAAUGA